UUCUUAGUUCUGUAAUGGGCACCACAGAGACAUUGCGAGUGGGCGCUGUGCGAUGGGUAGCGUGGGGCAAAUGGAGCACCGGAACACAGCCAAGCCCCAACGUGAUCAUUGCCAACAGCCGAAACCGUCGAAUCCUGCUUCAAUCCAGACAGCUAUCCUUAUCCAAUACCAUCCACCCCCGUCUGAACCAUUGUACCAUACCCUUACCAGUAGAUAUUCUCCGGACAUGGUUGAUAGACUGUGCGGCCCCAUCAUCAGACCGCAUUGCAUUGCGUGCUCGCGCCUGCUUCCCAGACCUUACAAUCUUGGACAUAGUUCAAUUCAAAACCAGUGUCUUGUCCCCAUGUAACCCUACCAGAGGCUCGGUGAUCUUUAUGUUUUAUUCGCAUGUCAGCCCCAUCCCUCAGCUACCUAUCCCUCUUCACGUUCCCCUAAUUUAUAUGGAGUCUCGCUGCUUCUUGUCGUCGGUGGCUUGAGCUGCCCAGAUUUUUGCUUCUCCUUCUCCUUAACCUCUAUCUCUCCUGCCUCCUGCACGUUGCACGACAAGCUGGAACCAAGACCCUUAGUCACGACGCGAUAACCCUCCCAUACGACCGCGCGCAACCCACCACCCACUUACCCGGCAGCCAACGGCUUCACCAUGUCUAGUCAAAGGGGACGGCAAGAUGCCGAAGACACGGGCCGGCGCACCAUCCGCCUAGAGAUCGAUAGGGACUUGGAAAUCCAGCGGGCGACAAUGUCUCAACCAGCGUCGCCCACAUCGACUCGCCGACAGCGCAGGCACUAUCCGGGUAGCAAGGGGCCCAGCAGAGGAACUUCAAUGUCCCGCCAGCCCGACGAGAGGUCGCCGCUGCUGUCAGGUCCGCCUGCUCAGUAUUCGCACCUCCGCCUACCCAGCUCGCACGGCACACCACGAUCCCCCCACCUCUCUCGAGAGCAAAGCUACACCUUUGCGACGCGGCAUCACCACCGCGGCAACUCCUUCACAACACGACUCUUCCAUGCCUUGGCGGAUCGCCAAGAGUCGAGCAUGGCCGACUCCAAGGGCGCCAGCGGCGCAGACGAGCGGGUGUGGUACGAUCAGUUCACGUCGACCGACUGGGUCCGGGACAACAUAGCAGACGCUUAUCGGGUGAAGGCUCUCAUGUCGCGGAAGGACUUUUGGGGGCGCAUAUAUGUUCUGUUUGAUGGUGCACAAGGCUGGAUCUUGAGUGCCGUGGUGGGUGUCACUGUGGCUAUACUGGCCUACAUAAUCAACGUCAGCGAGGUGACACUUUUUGACCUGAAAUACGGCUACUGUGCUCGCGCUUGGUACUUGUCUGAGAAGCAGUGCUGUCCUCACGGUGACUGCAUCGACUUCAGACUCUGGGACGAGAUAAUGCAGGGCUACCCGUUUGGCUACCUCGGAACCGACUACGCCGUCUACAUCUGCGCCGUGGUCUUUUUCGCCGUUCUGGCUUGUCUGCUUACCCUCCAGACAAAGACGGUCGUGCCGUCGGCAUACAGGCUGACGACACUGGAUGAAGACCUGGGUGUCGACCCGGCGCAUGCUUCUGAGCCUCCUCACGACCCACACGACGACAGCGGCAGCGCCAAUUUGACUCCGCCCCCGGCCUUGGCCAAGGAGAAGAAUCUGAACCCUCCCAUGAUUUACUACUCGGCUGCUGGAAGUGGCGUGGCCGAAGUCCGCGUUAUCCUCAGCGGCUUCGUUCUCCACGGGUUCUUGGGAGCUAAAACAUUGCUAAUCAAGUCUGCUGGCCUCAUUCUCAGUGUGGCGUCAGGUUUGAGUUUGGGUAAAGAGGGUCCUUAUGUUCACAUAGCAACCUGUGUGGGCAACAUUGCAUGUCGUCUUUUUGCAAAAUACGACUACAACGAUGCCAAGAGGCGUGAGGUUCUGUCGGCGGCGGCGGCGGCAGGUGUUGCAGUUGCAUUCGGUGCUCCCCUGAGCGGUGUACUCUUUGGACUUGAGGAGGUGGCCUACUUCUUCCCAGCCAAGACGCUCUUUCGCACCUUCUUCUGCUGCAUAACCGCAGCACUCACCCUCAAGUUUCUGAAUCCUUAUGGUACCCACAAGAUCGUCAUGUUCCAAGUUCAUUACAAGCAGGAUUGGGAGUAUUUUGAGAUCUUCAGCUUCAUUCUCAUUGGUGUAUUGGGCGGCGCCGCCGGUGCCAUGUUCAUCAAGGCUUCACGCCGUUGGGCUCAGUCCUUCCGCCGAGUUCCAGUCGUCAAGCAGCACCCGUUACUCGAAGUUGUGCUGGUGGCACUGAUCACGGGCCUGAUUGGCUACUGGAACGUGCUCACGAAGCUGCCUGUGGCUAAGCUCUUGUACAACCUCGCCGCGCCUUGUGACGACACGGAUAACAACCUGGAGGAGCUCGGUAUCUGCCCCGACAACCGUGACGAUAUUGGAGCUACCAUCACUAGACUGUUCGGUGCAUUCUUGGUCAAGGGAUUCCUUACCAUUGUGACUUUUGGCAUUAAAGUUCCAGCAGGCAUCUACGUGCCAUCUAUGGUUGUUGGUGGCCUCAUGGGUCGAAUAAUUGGACAUUGCGUCCAAUGGUUUGUGCUCACUACCCACACUUGGACGAUUUGGGGAACCUGCUCCCAGGUUGGCGAUGCGAGCUGCAUACAGCCGGGAGUCUAUGCGCUGAUUGCCGCAGGUGCCACCAUGUGCGGUGUCACUCGUCUCUCCGUCACCCUUGCGGUAAUUCUGUUUGAGUUGACGGGCAGCCUGGACUAUGUGUUGCCUUUCUCCCUCUCUGUCCUGGUGGCCAAAUGGACGGCUGAUGCCAUUGAGCCUCUGAGUGUUUACGACCUUUUGACCAACAUGAACUCAUACCCGUAUCUCAACAACAAGCACAAGCCCAUCUUCACAUCUGACCUUGGAGAUAUUGUCCCUCGCAUAAGGCGCGAGAGGAUUAUCGACAUCACAAACUCGCCGCUCGUCGCUGCCGUCAGCCUGCGCGACAAACUCAACGUUCUACACCAGAGGGGAGAGCUUGACGGCGGACUACCCAUCGUGCGUGACGGGACACUGGUUGGGCUCAUCCCUGCACCAGAUCUCGAGUUUGCCCUGGACAACCUCGAGGAUGAGGAGUCAGCCAUGUGCUUGAUGGCCGAUGUGCCUAGCGUUGAUGACGAUGACGAUGGGGAGCCUGACCCCUCGGACUUGACACGUUAUAUUGAUCCGGCACCUGUUGCACUUGACAUCAGAUCACCACUGGAUCUGGUCUACGAGUGCUUCGUCAAGCUCGGCUUGAGGUAUAUUUGUGUGCUUCGCGAUGGCAAAUUUGCCGGAAUCGCACACAAGAAAACAUUUGUGAAAUAUAUUCGCGAUCUGGAAGAGCGGGAGGGUGCCACACCGAGGUAACAGGGACAGAACAUGUCAGCAAUCACGGGAUAUUUCAAGUCUUUUUUUUCUUAUCUAUUUUUAAGAAAACUUCACUUCAAGCACGUGGCAUCUAGCCACGCUCUGGCUGUAAGAUUGUAGAUAAGGUGUGCGAGCAUUCAACCCAUUCCAUCGUCGCAGUGACAUGCUUGACUGAUGGGCGGUUGACCGCGGGAGCAUUGGGAGGACUACUAGAGCGAAGGGGGGCAUUUUCUUGUUGGUUUUGAGCUGGCCGGGAGGGUUCUUCUUCUCCUUUUUAUAAGCCCUCCAGUCUUCAACCAGUAAUAUAUUAAUCUGAGCCUGGAUGGCGUCGUGGUAUAAUAGUAUUAGUCGGGUUCAUAUGUACCUACGGUACUGACAGUUCAUGUCAGGUAGCCCUGGAACACCAUGGGCCGCAUGUGGCCGGCAUAAUAUACCUAGGCAGUCGCACGGCGAGUUCAACCAAGCAUCAGUCCCGAUUGACCAAA